AUGGCUGCACGUCGAGCAAUGUCUCGAUUUGACCGAGUCAAUCAAUGGUUACAGUUCGCGAGGCAGUGGCACAUAGUCGAUGCCGAUCAUCAAGAUGCAUAUGAAUUGGGAAAAUAUGUUGCGACGCACCUGGCCGGGAAACACAAGCCCAUAUGGCACAGAGAGACGGAUUGCGGCGACCACGUAGUGGUGGUGAACUGCCGACAGGUGGCCAUGCACGGAUUUGACUGGAAGCAUACCUUGUAUCAUUUCGAUAAGAUGUACCCAAAAUCGAAGGUGGAAAUACCAGCGUACCAAAUACACGAAUAUGAUCCGUGCCGAAUUGUUUUUCUAGCUGUAUAUAAGGGGCUAGGGCGUAAUUUGCUUCGCCAACGCCACAUACAACGACUUCACCUGUUUCCGGAUAUGGAGAUGCCAGAUUUUGUGCGAGAGAAUUUGGGCAAUCAGCUAGAACAAAUUCAACGAGUUCCCAAACGAAGUGAUGAGUACACACCAGAAGAGCGUGCCAAGUUCCCUAGACUGUUAAGGUUCCCAGCCGAUCAUGUCGAGGAAUGGGAACGCAGCAUUCCGAACCCAGGCAGAUACGAGAAGCCAGGUCUCAAGUGA